AUGGACAACUACACUUUGCUGCCUGUCAUCGUAUGCACAUUUGGGACCCCUAUAUCGUUCUUCACCAUCAAGUCCAUGCUCGAAAACAUCAAGCGAGAUGCAUCCUCAUUACAAGGCACAAUGGAGCCCGGUGAUCUCGGACCUGAAAUCAUAGAGCAGCAUCCUCGACCCUGUACGAACCCUCCACAAAUUGCCCGACAAAAUACCUCUCGUUCUCGCCCUUGCUUGGUUGCCACAUCACUUUCUGGCCGCCACGUUGGCAUGAUGCCAUCCCCCACGCUUGCGCACGAACAGAGCGUAGACACGCUGCCGCGACACGCUUCAUCACCGAGACGAAUGGUGUAG